AUGAUAUCGGCGAUACUUGUGAGUGUUUUGUGUUCGCAUGGCAUUUCUUGUGAUUAUUUUCAGCCUUCUGCUAUCCCACAACUUGAACAAACCCCGGGAAGUGUUGCUACUACUACUGCUGAACGUGGCUUAUCAAAAACUGUUCCUGAAGCUUCAGCAGGAACUGGUGUCCGAAAGGCCAAUGCACCAGAAUUGCAAAAGGAACCUUCGAUCCAGAAAGCCGCUGCCUCAUCACCUCCAACAGUACCACUCCAAACAGUACCACCAGCAACAGCAGCACCCUCAUCCAAGAGACAGUCAAAAAGUUUAAGAAUUUUCAAGCAGCUCUGGAUAAGCAAAUCGUUGUUCGAAGCACCUCUUCAGCAUAAGAAUCAGGCCAUGGAAUCGACUGAAACGGAGCAAAUCACCGACAGCAAGGAGUACACAGCACGUCGAUAUACAGGCCCAUCACGUAACUCCUCUCAUCCAGAAGCUACUGCUACUGGGAAAACUGCUGGUGCUGCACCGACAACUUCGGGAAGUUCAAUUACGACGGCGGAUCUGAAAAGUGAAGCACCACUAGUUGAUGUAAGCCGAUUUGUGAGCAAAUGGCGGGGCAAAAGUGGCAAACGGUCAGUGGCUCGCUCACACUCCAUACACACAGCUGGUGAUGAAGCAUCAACAGCAACAGCAGCAGAACGGAAACCAGAAUCGAAACCAGAACUGGAAGCGGAACCGGAAUUGGCAAUAGGUAGGAAAUUGAGCUGCAUGCCUCGUUUUUUUUUCCAUUUUUUGCUUCAAAUACAAGCUGAGCUUCAUUCCGUUUUUUGCACCAAAAUAAGUUUUCUGAUUCAGAUUUAA